CCGGAAGCACAUAAUCGUGUCUUUUACCGCAAACGCAGUGUUCCUUUUCCCCCCAGUGAGGUGUGUACAGUGAGAGUGCGGAGCGCCAUGCAGUGCGUGUGGGACGAACAGGAAGCUUACGACGAGCUGCUCUACUGGGACUCGCUCGUCCAGGAGGGACACGUGCUGCACCCACGUGACUACAACAGGUAUGAGGAGCUGCGGUACUGGUAUGAGUGUGUGUGUUAUGAAGAUAAAUUGAGACACUACCAUGCCUGUGUGGCUGAGAUGAAGCAGAGAGAAGCUGAAGUUCCUUCUCCUGACCCUGAUAAGCUGCUCCCUCAGCGCCUGUUCGUCAUUGAGGACCGCCACGUUAAGGCCAAACAUGCAAGUGUGUAUCCAUGUGCAGAGGAGCUGCAGGCUGUGCAGAACCUGGUGACCAACGUGGAGAACGGACUGAAGACUGUUGCCAACUGGCUGAAUCGACAAGAUGCUACGAGUGGGGGAAAUAAGUUGCAGGGGGUCCGGAGAGUGGGUUUGGUGGCGAAGGGCUUGUUGCUGAAGCAGGAUAUGGACCUGGAGCUUGUGAUGCUCUGCAGUGACACACCAACACACACACUACUGAACACCAUUACCAACAAACUGCAGGAAGUGAUGAAGGGUCAGGUGGAGGGUGAGUACGUGAUCACUCCAACGGCUGAGGAUGCUGCUUUAACAGUGCAGACUGUAACAGAACCAGUGCUAAACAUGAAGAUUCAUCUCUCAUCCCCUGUUGUAAGGGAGCGGGUUGAGCGCGGGCCGGCCAGAGAAGCUCCGCCCGGCGCUCUGGACACAAACAAAUGCCUGGAGUCUCUCGCGUCUCUGCGCCACGCCAAGUGGUUCCAGGCUAAAGUUAACAACCUGCACUCGGGUGUGGUCGUCAUCCGUAUCCUGAGAGAUCUGUGCACUCGUGUCCCCACCUGGGCCCCCCUGAAAGGAUGGGUGUUGGAGCUGUUGUGUGAGAAAGCGAUAUCAACAAGCGAUCGACCAAUGGGACCAGGAGAGGCUCUGAGGAGAGUGCUGGAGUGUGUCGCAUCUGGAAUACUAUUAGAAGAUGGUCCUGGGAUUUCUGACCCAUGUGAGAGGGCAGGUGUGGAUGCGAGCUGCCAUCUUGCCCCCCAGCAGAGGGAGGACAUUACCCAGAGUGCACAGUUUGCUUUGCGGCUCAUGGCAUUUGGACAGAUCCACAAAGUGUUGGGGAUGAACCGCCUGUCACCCAAAGUGGGGCACAUGUACAGUGACCCACUCACUUCCCAAACCACAGUGCCAGGACUGUAUGUGACGAAGCGGCCGCUGGAGUCUCCCACUGAUGAGUCAAGCAGCAGUAAAGUCCCUCGUAAAGAGAUUGUCGUUGAGCCCAGUAAUGCUGUGAUGAUGCUGAAUCAGCUGCAACCAGGUUUGCUGUAUCGGCUCUUGUCUCAGACGGGCCCUGAACACAGUCCCCACUUCACCAUGGCCAUUGAAGUGAAGGGCAAAACGUAUGAGGCUACAGGACCCUCGAAACGCAACGCCAAACUGCUUGUCGCCCAAAAAGCCCUACAGGCUCUGGGUAUAAUGAUCACAGCCACAGAGCCUUCACCUGCAACUGAUCAGAAGAGCGAUCAGGAGACUGUUACCACAGGAACCAACAGAACUGCGGCUGCUGGAGGAGACGGAGCUGAGGCUACAUUACAGGGAGGGCCGAUUCUCACUAAACACGGGAAAAACCCUGUCAUGGAGCUCAAUGAAAAGAGGCGGAGUCUGAAGUAUGAAGUCGUUUCUGUGAAAGGACGAUUUAAUGACAAGAUCUUCACCAUUGAGGUGGAGGUGGAUGGACAGAAGUUUCAAGGUUCAGGUUCUAAUAAGAAGUUGGCGAAGGCGAAUGCUGCUCUGGCUGCUCUAGAGAAGCUUUUCCCCAAUGACAACCCUGAGAGCCAGAAGAAGAAGAAAUUCCCUCCGAUGGGUUAUGGUGGAAUGGGUGGAGUCUCAUAUAGUGCUGGGCGUGGUAGAGGAAGAGGGCGUGGCCGAGGAGUUAACAUUAAGGGCUCCACUUUUAAAGCAGCAAGCAGUUCCUCAGGGUUCUCGGUCAGUGGUGAGUUGAACACUGUGGGUUCUCAGGAGGAACAGAGCAUCUCCGACACACACGCGCAGGUGUAUCAGGCCGUCCCUCCACCCGCCAGUGGCUACUACAGCCAGCACAGCCACGAGUACGGCCAGUACAGGAAGAACACACAGACCGUGAACCAAAACUCUGGACAGAACCAGGAGUCUCUUGUGGGACCUGAUUAUGGAUACGGCUACCAGAAUACCCAGAACUACAACUAUGGGGGUGCAACUGGAGCAGAGAAUUAUGGGUAUCAGCAGAGCGCCUACCCAAACCUUGGUGGCUACAGCAGCAGUAACACAAACUACAGCUACAAAUAAACACCCUGCGGAGGACUGGAGCUUCUGUUCACAAACGGUCAAUAAUCCCCAGGAGGUGGCGCUUCAUCCUGGCACUACUGUACAGGAGGGUGGAGAUCAUCAUCAUCAUCAUCCUUCUGCCUUGUCUCCCAGGAGCUUCAUCUCCUACCACAUGCUUUGUCUCCAAAAGAUGGCGGUUCCUCUGCUCCCAUUCACUCUGUAGUCCUGGAAGCAGAGUUUCUUCCAGCUUGGCUAAUCGACUGAUUAAUUUGUAGUUUUGUAGUAGAGACUCACUAUUCUGUUGAGUCAAUAGUUUUUGUGCAUGUUGCUGUUUGGCUUUAGAUUUUCUCUACUGUUGCUUUUUGUGGUUUUGUUCAGUGGUGGUGUUCCAGUGAAUUAGCAUGUCCUUGUUGGCGUGUCUUCAUGAUCGUGUCCUCUGUUAACCUCAGAGGUGAUUGUGAGUGAUUCAGGCUGACUGUGUGAGAGGAGAGGAAGUGCUCCAGCCAGCCUGUUUUUCCUCUGAGGAAUAUUUCUUAUUCUGUCUUUCUGAAGUGAGUGUGAGCGUGAAGUUGAGAAUCCGCCACACUUACUAAUAUUAACGUCUUUAAUUCUGAUGGUAAAAAUUUUAGUUUAAUUUCUCUUUCUGCUUGUUUCAGUAACUGUCUUUCAUCUGAACUUGUCACUGAUGAAGAAUAAAAUGUUUUCUAUUUUUAAACCAAAAA